AUGAUGGUGUAUGCGAACUCGAUCGAGUCGGUCUACAGAGGACUUGGUCGAGCUAGACUUACAACGGGUAGAAAGAGGGUUCAGAGGUCACAGAGGGUACAAGAGGAACCUGAGGUGCUUGUUGCUGAUACAAUGGAUGUACCAGAGGGGAAUGGAAACCCUUUGGGCAAUGGACUCGGUCGAGCUAGGCAAACUCGACCGAUUGGUCAAGGAGAUGCUCCAAACCGCCACCAACAGAGACAAGGGAUUGUUCCACCACCAGUGCAGAACCACAACUUUGAGAUCAAGCUGGGAAUGAUCAACCUUGUUCAGAACAAGAUGUUCCAUGGAUUGCCAAGUGAAGACCCCAUUGACCACCUUGAUGAGUUUGAUAGGCUUUGUGAUUUGACAAAGAUCAAUGGUGUCUCUGAAGAUGCCAUCAAGCUGAGACUCUUUCCUAUGUCUCUAGCUGACAAAGCUCACCAAUGGGAGAAGAGCUUGCCCCAUGGCACAAUCACCACUUGGGAUGAAUGCAAGAAGGCCUUUCUUGCUAAGUUUUUCUCCACCGGUCGCACAGCCAAGCUUAGAGGAGAGAUAUCCAGCUUCAUCCAGCGAAACAAUGAGACAUUCGCAGAGGCUUGGGAGAGGUUCAAAGGCUACACAAGUCAGUGCCCACACCAUGGAUUCAACAAUGAAUCACUACUCUCCACUCUUUAUAGAGGAUGCUUGCCUAGGUAUAGGGAGAUGCUAGACACAGCUAGCAAUGGGAACUUCCUCAACCAGGAUGUAGAUGAUGGCUGGCAACUUGUGGAGAACAUAGCUAACUCAAAUGGAAGCUAUGGAGAAGAGUAUGAUCGCACCAAUCGGAGCUCGACCCACCACUCGAUCGAGUCAGACGAAAAGUUGAGAAAAGAUGUUAAGGCAUUGAAUGAGAAGUUGGAUAAGCUGAUCUAG